AUGAGUAAAUGCAUAGUGAAUUACAAAGGUCUGUUUCGCGCGGCCGUCCCAAGCGGAGCAUCAACUGGUGUGCAUGAAGCUCUUGAGUUGCGUGACACCAACGCAAAGGCUUAUAUGCGCAAAGCUCUACUGAGCAAACAAAUUCCUGUUACUGACCAAGCGGCUAUUGACAAAUUAAUGAUUGACCUGGAUGGUACGGAAAACAAGGAAAAACUUGGGCAAAUGCUAUUCUGGGUGUAUCUUUGGCUGUGUGCAAAGCAGGGGCAGCUGAAGCUGGUCUACCACUUUACAGGUAUAUUGCGAAAUUGGCUGGCAAUACAGAUGUAA